AUGACGUGCGCAAACACUUCGCCCCCGUUGGGACUGGGUUGGGAAAAUGUCACAGUCUCUAACGAUGGACAAGCUAUCUCUCGAGGCAUUGCUCUUGCAAUCGGCAACCCACAGCAAAUUGUCUCACUACGUCUCAGCGUAGGAGAUGACAAUACCUGGGUGUUCAAUAAUGCAGAUUGCGUUUCUUCGAGCAAUGACAGCUGCAUUGGUUUGAAGGGAGGCGUGUUCGACUUUAAAGCAUCUCACACUUACUCUCCAACACUUGAAGCUUCGUGGAAUGGAUCCCACGACGCCUCUAUCACAGAUGGUUCCUAUAUUUUCUUCAAUGACCAGAUCCGUUUUGGCAUCAAUGGCACGGCGUAUGGCUUUCCUCUGUACAUGGAUCAACCAGGACAGGGCACUCAAAGCGGUCUCGGUAUGGGACCUGGCUCUACAUUCCAAACCGCCGCCGUUGAGUCAGGGUCUGCUCCCUCAAAGGCAUGGGGCCUGUGGGUUGGUAGUCGGUCCGUGGUACAGCCAGUUGAUGGUGCUCUCUGGAUUGGAGGUUACGAUACAAACCGCAUCGGCGGCGAUUUCCUCGACUUCACAACAUACGACCGCUGCCCAACCUGCGUCGAGAUUACAAACAUCACCUACGAGUAUCCCGGAGGUUCUGCCUCGCUCUUUUCGAAUUCUUCCGAAACCCUCUCUAUCAGCCUGGAACCCUUCCAGCGUGCGCUAAAUGUCCCGGAGGAUAUCUUCCUCAACUUUGCCCGCGUCUCCAAUGGUACUGUGGGUACAGAUCCAGGCACACAGGCUCUCCUUACCUACCCACCUGAUGCACAAUUCGGGAAUCUCACUAUCACGCUAAAGAAUGGACAAGAUGGAUAUCAAACGACUACCCCUGCACAAGAACUGUUCCUUCCGCCACGAAACUUCAAUUCGCAGGGUCAAUAUGCAAUUACCAAUGACACCUACCUCCUUGCCGGCCUGGCCAACGCCACCGUGAAGCCGGGCUACGUGUUCGACUGGGGAAUCCCAUUCUUAACCAUGAACUACCUAAUUGUGGACUACGAACAGAAGAAAUUCAGCUUGGCUCCGGCUUUGCGAGGACCUUAUGGUGUCUCCAAUGGUGCACUGGUGCAACCUCCAUGCUCUGGUCUUGCACCAACGUCUACCACUGCGGCUGCAAGCCCUACAGCCUCCACGAUAACAACUGCGCAACCUACCGUUACAGUGACGCCUUCGCCUCUUCCAAUUCGCCACUCUAGCACCAAUGUAGGCGCCAUUGUGGGUGGUGUUGUCGGCGGUGUCGGCGGCCUUCUCGUCAUCGCCAUUCUCCUUUUCUUCUUGGUUCGCAGCAGGCAGAGGGAGAAAGCGGCGCGUACUGAUCGUGCCGCAGCGAUUGCAGAGGUCCAUGAAAGUGGCGCGAAAAAUGAAAGACUUUCUCAAGUGAGCUGUUACCGUCCCCGUUGCCAAAUAAUACUUACUCUCGCGAAGUUUACAGGAACGUCUCCCACCGAGGUUUCCGAGAUGGGCGCUAAUAACAACAUGGAGCAUUGGUUGUACACGCAGUCAGGGAAUUAUGAGGUCAGUGUGUCCUUCGGCCCUGAUGUUCGUAAGGGCGUUCGCCUUGGGGAAUCGCUCAAUCCGGCUGAUUCUGACGCUUUGAACUAG